UUGAUCAAGCAUGUACCUACGCUAACAACUGGUCUUGUGAAUGUACCGUUUGUUUUAAUAUUCAUUCAAUCUGCUUCUCCAACGCCUCAUCCCCUUACUCAUCAACCGAGUCAGUAGAAAGCCUUUCUCAACGAUCGGACUUUAUUCACGCGUGUUAUGUUCCUCCGCACUACUGUGACUUACCUAGGGAAGUAAUUAUGGAAGGUACAUGGCCAUAUGCGACACCUACGCAUCUUCGCAUUGUGCAUGCAAAACCUGACCCUCGCAUGUGCCACAAGCAAUGCAAACACAUUUUCUCUGCUUCGCAACCUGGCCCAUAGCACGAUCACCUUUCAUCGAACGUGUUGUGCAACUAAUUUCUCCAGCGUCCGUACAAGAUGGGUUCUCUGUCCCUCCUGUCCUGUUGGGAGGGGAGGCGGAUUUAGUUCGCAAUAGUCUCAGUUUUUUGCUUUGCUCCUAUUGCAACACCAGUUUGGAUACACCGGUUUUGGAGCCGGUUUGAUUUUGUUUUGUUGGUAUUUUGUUUUUUCGUUUUUGCCGGUCACUGUUUUGAUGCGGUCCUGUAAAUUGUGCCGCUGGAACGGGUUUAUGUGAAUGGUUCUCGUUGGGCAAAGAUGGAUCAACUAAAGAUAUGGUAUGCUGGUAUUCAACCCUAUUUGUCCCAAUUUUGGAGCUUGCGGAAAUGAUGGGUUCGUGUUUAUCACAAUUGUUGCAAUUAGAUGACGCAUUUAAACUACAAUCCCAAUAUCGCGUGCUUCUAAAAUUCAAAACACGCCGUUUUGGUGGUGGGGAUUGUUUUGUUGGGUGUUUUUUUUAUUGUUGUUUGAUUUGUUUGUUAUUGCCGUGGGUUUGAAAAUAUUCGCCUGAUCAUGGUUUUUGUAGCAGUGGUUUGACCUAUCAUCGGUGGCUUAUUGUUCGCCUUGCAGAGGCUCAUCCAUCAUUCAAGGACAUACACAAUUUCUAGAUAGUUCGGAUCUGCUUCCAGAUGUCUCUUUGGAUUUGUUUUUUUUUCAUGAUUAAGUGGAAAGAGAAGUAGUAUUGCAAAGAAAUGAAAAUUAUGCUCUAGCGAAUUUGUCUUCCACACCCAUAUCCACGAGCUGGGCAAGUGUAAAGACCGGUGUGGACGACUGCCUUUCAAUCGCGGAGGUAUUAGCUUAUUGAGUCGUUUCGUACGUCCCGUCCCGUCCGUGGCCAACGAGAAGAAGAAGUAUUCAAUUUCGCUGGAGCUGUUUGCUGGGAUACCCCGAAUUAACAUCCACGAUCGAUCAUGCAUGAGGGAGAUCGACGUAAAACCCACACGAACCGUGACUGGCUCUAAUAAACCUUACACCCAUUGCAGGCCAAUGUACUUGUGUGUCGAGUGCGAUUGAUCGUUUGAUAGGCCGUGAGAGCGAUGAAUCUCGCUAGGGCGAAGGUGGUAGCGAAUUGUGUCCCUAGCGAUUGUUACAUCUUAAAAUUCACCGCACAUGGAUAAAGUUCCCCAUUCCCCAUUCCGCCUUUAGACUUGUCAGUUCUUUACUGUUCGUCGGUAAAAAAAAUUAGACGACCUGGAAUCUAAAAAGUGUAUCUAUUGUGUGCCGUACAAAGUGUGUAGAUGAUGAGCGCGCGAAGACCGAAUUACACGUCAUUUACAUUGAUCCAAUAGUACGGCAGGCAGCCAGAGUUGCGGCUUUCCUUUGCCUUAUUAGUAGCUCUGGCGAGACCUGACCACAGAGACUACGGUGGAAAAUGCCGAUAGAGUAACAAUACCCGCCUGCAGCUUCAGCCAAUCGUUAUCAAUCACACAAUACCGCGCUGUCCACUGCUACUGGUCGGAGAUCGUACGUCGUGCUUGAAGAAUUGACCGACGUAUCAUUAUCUGAUCUACGAAAGCGGUUCCACCAUGGGUAAAACGGCGUACACUAUUAAUGGGUCGACCAAUGGGGCCAUCAGUGGACGGGAUGACAAAAAGGCACAGCACGAGGACGAUAAGCCGCGAAAGGAAGUGAGUACGUUUCGUCGCAUCCUGCCACAGAUACUGGCCAGUACGGCAAAAAAUUUCCUGCUGCUCGAUCUCGGCAUGGCGGUUGCGUUCCCGACGAUCGUCAUUCCGGCGCUGAGAGGAAUAAAAAAUCGUGCACCGGAUGAGUUUCUUGAGUUCACACCCCAGCAGGCGUCCUGGUUUGGAAGCAUUGCUUACAUUUGUCAACCGGUAGGAAGCGUCCUUUCCGGCAUCAUUCUCGAACCACUCGGACGAAAACGAUCAAUGAUUCUAGUCAACAUUCCGCAUAUUAUCGGAUGGUUAAUGUUGCAUUUUGCUGGAUCGCUCGAAGAAAUGUACACGGCGGCCAUCUUGCUUGGCUUGGGCGUCGGCUUUAUGGAGGCUCCAAUCGUAACCUAUGUUGGGGAAAUUUGUCAACCUUCGAUCCGCGGAAUCCUUACGUCGUGCGCUGGAGUUGCUGUGAUGUUGGGAUUCUUCAUGGUCUAUCUGUUGGGAACGGUUACCACGUGGCGUACGACGGCGGCCAUUUGUGCUUCCAUUCCCAUCGCUACGAUGAUCGCGAUCUGUUUCGUACCGGAAACUCCGAUGUGGUUGCUGUCGAAGAAUCGUGCCGACGAUGCGCUCAAGUCGCUUCAAUGGCUACGCGGCUGGGUAUCGCCGAAGGCCGUCGAGCAGGAGUUCGAGGAGAUGAAACGAUACAGCCUACAUUCGGCGAAAUGUGCCAUCUGCGAGAAGAGUGGUGCUACCACCUGCCAACAUCCGCCGCUGACGGAGUGGACAAAGUUGAAGGAACUUACGCGAAAGCGAAACUUGCGCCCAUUCGUGCUUGUGAUGUUGUUUUUCGUGUUCGGUCAGCUUAGCGGAUUGACUGGCAUGAGACCGUAUCUGGUGCAGAUCUUUCAGGCGUAUGGAGUACCACUUGAUGCCAACUGGGCUACGGUCUCCACCGGUCUGCUAGGUCUAAUUGCCAACAUUGUGUGCAUGGUCAGCAUUAAAUUCGUGGGAAAACGAAGGCUUGCCAUCACAUCGAUGGCAGUUACGGCUGUAUCGUGCAUUUCGCUGUCCAUUUAUGCAUUUAACACAUUCCCACCCGGCUGGACAUCGUUUGACAACCAUCCCGGUACGAGUCACGUCACAUCGCUGGGCUACAUUCCGAUGGUUUUGUUCUUCAUGUUAGCAUUUUUCACCAGCGUUGGCGUGCUUCCCGUGCCCUGGAUUUUACUCAGUGAAGUCUUUCCAUUCAGAAACCGGAGUUUGGCGUGCGGUAUUACUGCCGCCCUGCACUAUGUCAUGUCGUUCGUGACGACAAAGACGUACUUCAACCUCGAGAGCGCAUUUUCACUGCCCGGUGUGAUCCUGUUCUACGGUGUGAUGGGCAUGAUUGGGCUCGGAUUUGUGUAUUUCUUCCUUCCUGAAACCGAAAAACGAACCCUGGAAGAUAUCGAGCUAUACUUUUCGGACAACAAGCGCAAGCUGACCGACAUCUACAUUCCGCGGCGAAACCGUGACGAAGAGAUGGUAGCCGUCGUGUCGAAGCUCGCCGAGAAGGCGAUGGAAAAGCAGGGCAUAGAUAACGCCGUCUUUACGGAGGGCGAUAAAUAACCGUAAACCGAUCCUGAUAUUGUAUAGUUUUAAGCUUAAUUUUAUUUGUUAGACGCGAUCGUUAGGACCGAACCGCAAGUCAGACUGGACCGCAUGAGGAACCACCACGUCGUCCUCCACCAUUCACUCAUGUUCAUAUCUCUGUGUAUGCCAUAAAGAACAAAUAAACUAGAUCAUUAUUCUUCUCCUACCACCUCA